AUGUUGUUCUUUUUAUUAAUUUUGAUUCCUUAUGCUUUGUGUCAACCAGAUUCUUCCCCCCAUUCUUCAGGUUCUGAAUAUCCAUCAACAUCUCAACAAACAUCGGAAGGAGCAAAAGCCAAAUCAAAAGGAAGGAAACAAAGGGAACAAUGGAAAAAAACAAAUGAAGAGAAAACAUCUUCAGAAGAAGGUGCAACAUCAAAACUCAAACAUCCAAUUGCUUACCCAACAGAAACAACACCAUUUGGCAAAACAAUUAUAAUUUUGAAAUAUUAUGACAUGUGCAAUUAUUACAGAUCUUAUGUGAGGUUGUCUGACUACUAUUUGUUUGUUUUGUUUUGGCCAAUCAAGUGCUACGAUAUUGUUUGCUCUCUUCCACAGACUACAAUGAAAUUAGAGGAAGAAUUUAUGUUCCAUGGAUUUUGGCCACAAUUUGAUUCAAACAAACAUAUGCAGUGUUGUAAAAACAAUUUUAUGAUUGAAAACGUUGAGGCGAUGAUGAAGAGUGAUGAAGUUAUAAAGGAAUUUGUUUUGAGUGAUUGGAUGUCACUUGAAAAGUGUGUGUUUUCGACUUUUCAAAUGGACAAACAUGGUAGCUGUUCGUAUGACAUAUAUAAAGGACCAAACGGCCCCAAACAAUAUAUCGAAACAAUGAUGUUUCUCAAAAGUCAAUUCAAAGUGUGGUCGUUUCUCAAGGAAAGCGAAUUAAAAGUUGAGACAAACAAAAUGUAUGAGAAGGAAACAUUAAGGAAAGUAUUGAGAAAUAGAUAUGGAGCCAAUCCAACGUUUAACUGUAUUGACAAUACAAAUAUAAUGGAAAUUAGAUUCUGUUUUGAUCCAAAAAGAAACAAAAUGCACCCUCCUUUGAUAGAAUGUUCUCAAAGAAUAUAUGCAUAUGAAAAGAGAAAAUGUGGGGAUAAAGUAAUGUUUUUAGACUUCCCAAAAUAUUUACUUGACCUUGAAAAUGUUCAAAGAAAUAACUGUGUAAUGUGA